AUGGCCACCGUCGCGCCGCCUGCCCCCAUCCACGCUCCCUCGGCGUCCCACUCAUCCACCCUCCGCCGAAUGUCAUCUCGCAAGCUCUUUAGCCGGUCGCGCAAGCCAGCACCGCCCUUGUCCGUUGCGCCUCUCGAAUACAACGGCAGCGACAGCAGAGUCGCCUCCGGUUCCAGCUAUGCCACCAUCAAACCUUCCGCCGACCCCAUCUUCACCAAUCGCGACACGAACAAGUCCACUUCUGCACUGAGCACCUCUUCCACUGCCUCGCGCACCUCGCGCUUCUUCCGCAAGUUCAGCCGCCAGAAGCCUCCACCUGUGCCCUCGCUCCCACCGGCGCUGGUGCUCGAUCUGGAUGCUGGAACGGCUCUCCCUCGCGGGGCGGACGCUAGUAGUCACGAUACGGUCUACCGAAUCCAGCGCCAAGCGGCUACACCCACCACCGCCGCCGCAGCCAUCAUUGCUGCCGCUGCUGCUGCCGAGAGCAUCCCGAAACCUCACGGCGUGCAGCGAAGACGCAUGCUCGAGGCCAUGUCCGCUGCGCGGCUGGACGUGGCACAGACGCGCGAUCUGGUCCGCAUGUGUGGGCUGCAAUUGCGCGAACGCGGGCUCGACACACCGGGUCUCUUUCGCCCCUUCCGCGUUGCCGAGUCGCUCGACCACGUGCAUCGCAUGGUGCAGCUCCUUUUGCUGUCCAUCGACCCGUCUACAUAUGGAUCCGUGUUCUCCAUUCUUCCCGAGAACGCACUCGAUCGCAUCGGCACCACAAGCACAUCCUCGCCCUCCGCUUCUCAGCGUCAGAUCGCACACGACGAACUGGACAAGGAGCUCCGCUACGCCUCGCCGCACGAUAUCGUUAGUCUGCUCAAAUGGGGGUUGCGACACGCCCGUCUCUCCCCCACCGACUUCAACUCUCCCACCCCUGACGGGUGGUACGAUGCCUUCGUGACGCGCGAGCGCGAGUGUGGGUAUCAUCCACGCUCGAUCGCUGAUCACCUCCAUCCGUCGCUCCCGCAGCCCACCGCCGAACUCCUCUCCGAAAUCCUGGACCUCAUGGCAUCCAUCACCGCACACUCGACAUCCAACCACAUGCCACCAUCGACACUAUGUCGCAUCCUCGGAAUGUGGCUCUUUGCCCGACCCCCUCACCCACCAGCAACGUUCGACGACCUGCUCAGCGCAAGCACACGGGCAACGUCGAUCGCGGAACAUCUUCUCCUCGCGCACAUCCGCGCACAGGCAGCCGUGACGUUCGCCAUGCCCGGUCGGCUCACGGAGCUGAUCCGUGGGUAUCCGGUUCUGUGCGAGGGCAGACCCGGGUUGCCCGCCAUGGCGAGGGGGAGGGAGGUGGAGGUGCUACGGGUGGAUGUGCGGUCGGAGGGAGUGGUGGGAGCGGGGGUCAGGGGGAGGGGGCCGAUGGUGACGCUGACGGACGCGCUGGGUGCGACGAGCGACGGACACGAGGUGUGGGAGGGGAUUGUGAAGCAGCUGGAAGGGAGGGGAGUGGACGGGUUGGUAAUCGAUGAGCACCUACGCAUACUGCGCCAGGUGGAGCGCGGGACGGACGAUGCCGCGGGGACCUCGACGACGUCGAAAGACGACUCGGCGACGACAGCGCACGACACAUCUGGCAGGCGACGCUCCCAGACGCUCUCCAACCUCCAACCUCGAGGUCCACCACCCCUCAUGCCCCUCCCCGAAACACCCCGUGGCGAGGUGGAAGAGCUUCACCCAGCGCCCAAGCACGCCGAGGUGUUCAACGGCAACCUCAACCCCACCGCUUCCUGGCGCUCUUUUACGGAUGAAGGCUUCCUCUCCACCGCUUCGUCCGAUCUUUCGCUGUCUUCGUUCGAUCUCAAACCUCUCUCCUCCACGCUGCCGGCGAGUCGACGGAGUCAUCGGAGUUUGUCGAGGAAAUCGAUCGCUCCCGCUCCCGUUUUCCCGCCGAUAGCUUCGAAGGGCGACAUCACGCAUACGAUUACAUCGGUGCGCAAGAUGGAGUUGGAUCCGGCAUUGGCGCUGCUCUGGCAGGAUACGCUACAGGAUCAAUCCCCGUGCAGCAGCCUACCCAGGAUGACGUUGGUGCAGCUUCAACCUCGAUACGCCGCCCAAGUGGGGGAGGGAAGCUGGUUGUUGGUGGUACAAACGUGCAUCCCUCCGCGACCACCCACUCCAGAGGAAAAAGAGGUGGAUGGACGGAGCGUUUUUGCCCCCAGCAUGCGCAGUGUCCGGAUGCGGUUGAGGAGGGUCAGUACGGUCAUUGGCGCUGGGGUAAGGCGGAAAGGUGGGCUGAGAGAGGCUUGA